GAAAAGCAAUGGCAUCUGUUACGAGGAAGAGUGGGACUGUGAAGAUGGUGAGGAGUGAGGAUGAGGAAGAUUGGAGAAAGGAGGAGGGGAAUAGGAAGGGGGAAGAGCUUGUUUCAGCGAAGAUAUGGGUUCCUGUGUCUUUGCUGGUGAGUAUUCUUAAUUCUAUGGCUAAUAUUACAUUCUGCUAUGUGUCAAAGUACAAAAUCAAAGCUGGAGGAAUUCAAGGAGCAGGAGAAUUCUUAGGAAACUUUAUUUUAUUAAUAAUGGUCAGUUUUCAAGAAAGAUACUUAAAAUUUCAAGAAACCUCUCAAUCAUCCUCUCAGCCAAAAUCUCCAUGGUUAAAAUGGCUAUAUGACAUCUACUACAUCCGUAAAAGAGACGUCCAUGGCAACCUACUCAAUGCCCAAUGGGAACAAGGUAUUUGAAUGAGGAGGGCUUUGAUGACAGUUGUGCUGCUGGUUUUGACUGUUUUAUUAAGUUUGAUGUAUAUUCUUGCAUUUUAUUAUGCAACUGUUGGAUUUUUUAAUAGUGGUAUUAUGUGAUCAUUGAGAGUUACGAGGCUCAUUUUUGUAUCGAUUAUUUUUUAUUUUAUGUUCAAGCAAAGUUUGAAGUGGUACGAAAUCGUAGGUAUUAUGAUCUUGAUUAUUUCUGUCGUUUCAAUACUUUACUCAGGAGAAGAUAAAGUAGUGAAUGAGAAGCAAGAUACUCAAGCAUUUUUUGUUGUUUUAUCGUGUUUAUCUAUGAUAAUAACAAUGCUAUUCAGUACUAUGCGAAUUGCAGUAUGCAAAUAUGUUUCUCUAGAGGCACCAGAAAUUAAUAUCUCUGCUCUCUACAACUUUAUUAUGGCAAUCUAUGCAGCAGGGACAUUUGUAUAUCUAAUUGUCCUGAUAUUUCAAGGUUUCGAAUGCACUCCCUUCGAGCUUACCGUUGGAAUUUUUGGAGGAGCCUUGUACCGUUUAUGUAAACGUCAGAGGAAAAGCCGCUAUUGUUUCAGCCAUAUUCGAACUCAGUACUCUCUUCCAAACAGUCUUCGACCUAAUCCUUUUCGGCAGGUACCCUAACCUCGCCCAGUACAUCGGUCUGCUCCUUGGCUUUGGAGCAGUCUUGC